AUGGCUAAGCAGAACGGACAGAAAUUCUCCACAAAAGAUAAGGAUAACGAUAAAAGUGGUAAAGAUUGUGCAGUCUUCUUCAAGGGAGCCUGGUGGUAUAAUAAUUGUCACCAAAGCAACCUAAAUGGCCUCUAUCUGAAAGUAAAAAGACCAACUGACUGUGGUGACCUAGACAAAUCAACUAGCAAAAGUGGAAUUUACAAGAUCUUCCCGGAUAAAUUGUCUUGUUUCAAGGCUUUCUGUGAAAUGGAGAAACAUGGCGGGGGCUGGACUGUUUUUCAACGUAGAAUGAAUGGUGAGACAAACUUCUAUAGAGAAUGGAACGCUUAUAAGCAAGGAUUUGGUGACCAGAGUCAAGAAUUUUGGUUGGGUAACGACUAUCUGCAUCUUCUGACCUCUCAAGGACACUACAGCUUGCGGAUUGAUAUGGAAGACUUCGAAAACCGCCAAACUUAUGCAGUUUAUGACCACUUCAGCGUUGGUAGUGAAAGUUCUGGUUACAUUUUGAGUGUUAGUGAUUAUUCUGGUUAUGCAGGAGAUUCGAUGGCUUUUCAGAACGGACAGAAAUUCUCCACAAAAGAUAGGGAUAACGAUAAAAGUAGUACUGAUUGUGCAGUCGUCUACAAGGGAGCUUGGUGGUAUAAUGCAUGUCACUUUAGCAACCUUAAUGGCCUCUAUCUGAAAGGAAACCAUACUUCAUUUGCUGAUGGCGUCAUUUGGGAAACCUGGAAGGGCUAUUACUACUCACUGAAAGAAACAAUCAUGAUGAUCCGCAAAGUCUAGAUAGAUGAAUCUAGAUUAUGAACAAUAAAUAACGCAUAUUCUCAUUGUCAUUUUUUAUUAUUGUUUUACAUAAUAUUGUGGGAUCCAGUAUGUCUUAGUCAUUCAUUGGAUUUCGUUUUUGUAGGCUUUUUUCCUCGUACAAUAUUUUUAGGGUUAUUGUUGGUUCCUUAUUGCCAUGUUUUGAUCGGAUUAUUACGGUAAAUUAACAUGGCCCUAACAUUCCGUAGUA